AUGGCGGAUACAGUCAGGUACCUGCUGGAGGGCAUGGUGCCCGAGCUGGACGACCUGGAGAAGCGAGGCUACUUCUCCCGCGCCGAGCUGGGGCGAGUGGUGCAGAAGCGGCAGGAGCACGAGUACGCGCUGAAGCGCUCCGCGGCGCGCCUGGCCGACUACCGCCGCGCCAUCGCCUUCGAGACCUCGCUGGAGGAGCUGCGCGUGGCGCGGCGCCGCGCGCGCGGCCUGUCUGGGAAGAAAACGCUGGCCGACCACUGCCUCGUCCGCCGCGUGCACUUCAUCUACCAGCGCGCGACGCGCCGUUUCCGCGGCGACCUGGCCCUGUGGGGCGACUGGCUCCGCUUCUGCCACGCCACGCGGUCCGGGCGGCGCGCCAGCCGCGUGCUGGCGCGCGCGCUGGCGCUGCACCCACGCUGCGCCGCGCUGUGGACCCAUGCCGCGGCCUGGGAGCUGGAGAGCAACGCGGACGCUGCGGCGGCGCGGGCGCUGAUGCAGCAGGGGCUGCGCGCCUGCAAGACCGACGCGCGCGCCGCCGCCGCGCUCUGGCACGAGUACUUCCGCCUGGAGCUCCUGGUCGCGGCGCGCCUGAGGGCGCGCCGCGCGCUGCUGGGCAUCGACGGGCCUGCUGGGGCGGGGGGCCCGGCGGAGGAGCAGGGAAAGACAGGAGAUGCCACAACAGACUGGGCAGGGCAUCCCGACGAGGCAGCGGCGGGGCCAGCUACCAAAGACAGCGAGGCCGAGGCGGCGCUGGCCGAGAUCAUGCGCGGCGGCAUCGCGCGAGUGGUCAUGCGCUCCGCGCUGGCGCAGGCGCCGCGCGACGCGGCCUUCCGCUCCCGUUUCCUCGACAUCCUGCAGGAGAUGGGGGAGUUCGAGGGCCGCGCCGAGAUUGAGGAGGAGAUCUACGCUGGUCUGGCGGCUGACCUGCCAGAGAGCCCGCAGGCGUGGGCGCUGCGCGCCCGGCAUGCUGCACCGAGCGGCGAUGCUCGGGACGCCAUUGCCGCCGGGCUUGAGGUAUUUGAGCGGGGCCUGGCCGCCGCGCCCUCCCCCGGCCUCUACUCCGAGGCGGUGGAGUUCCUGGUGCAGGCUCUGGAGGGCGACGCUCCUGGCGCCGACGAGACCCUGGCCACGGCGUGCGAGCUGUGUCGCAGGGCCGGCGAGGCGGGGCAUGGCUCCGUGCAGGUGCUGCUGACCUGGAGCCAGCUGCGCCUGCGCGUCGGCAACCUGGCGGGGGCUGCUGAGGUGGCGAGGACCGCGGCGGGCAUGCUCCCGCAGGCGCCCGAGCUCUGGGAGACCAGCCUGCGCCUGGCCGUGGCGGUGGCGGCGGCGGCGUCUGCCAGCCGCGAUGCCGAGCAGGCCAGCGGUUGCCCUACUACGUCCCAUGGAGACAGCAGUGGCGAUGACGAGGAGGCCGAUGCGCCGGGACCCUCGGGCCGCGACGACGCGCUGAUCGGCGCCGCCCUGGAGGCGGUGCGUGCCUGCCCGAGGAGCGAGGGCCUCUGGCUGCUGGCCGUCCAGUGCCUGGUGGCCGCCGGGCACAAUCCAGGCGUGCUGCGGACCCAGCUCGAGGUCGUGCUGGCCCAGGGCCCGCGGGGGCCCACCGAGGGCGGCAUGGGAGCGGUGGCGGCGGCGCUGGUCCGGGCGGUGGCGCUCGUGAGGUCGCCGGCGGCUGCACGGAAGCUUUACGCGUCCCUGAGGCACCUGCCCUCCCCCGGCGGGGAGUUCUGGCAUGCGGUGCUCGACAUGGAGCUUGAAGCAGCCAGGGCGGGGCGCGGCGACGAGCUGCCGCGGCCGCGCAUCCUGGCGCUGUUUGAGGCUGCCGUGGACGCACAUGGGCAGGAGGACGCCGACAUGUGGGUGCGGUACAUGCGCUACUCCGCCCAGCCGGGGUCCAAGGGCGGCACCGGGUCCGUUUACUGGAAGGCCGUCAGGGCUCUGCAGAGGCCCGCUGGAUUCGUGGAGCGCUGCCAGCUGGAGCGACUAGCCUGA